UUUAGUACGGGGUAACUUUGACCCUUUACCCCUCUACCAAAACAAAACAAAAUGAGAUAAAAGACUCGAAAUUACCCAAACUUAUUCACACACCCUCACCCACUUCUCCUGCGCCCAAAUGCCAUCAACUUCACAUUUGCUGUCUUCCUUUCCCAUUAAGCAAAUACCAACUGACAAGUAAACCAAAAAAAAACUGAUUUCUUCAUCUAAGCUUCCAUUGACUUCUUCCCAUUUCUUCUCUUCUUCUUCUUUUUUCCAAACACCACCCAACUCAAUUGACACACAAAUUAAACUACCGUUAAACACCACCACACACAACAAUGACGUCACCAUCAUCAACAACCAACGUCAUGCUAUCAAUCUCAGAGAAAAAAACGGUCACAAUCGAUCUCUACCGUCCACUUCGAAACUACAUAGUCUACAAUUACUCCGAACGUGAAGCUCAAAAUCUUGAAGAUGAUUUACAAACACUUAAACAAUAUCGUAUCGAUAUCGAAUCGUCAUCAUCAGCAUCAUCACUUGCUGCUAGACGUGACCUCUUGCAAAAUUACUAUAAAGCCCUUUGUGCUGUUGAGUCUCGUUUCCCUAUUUCAAAUGAUCAAGAUCAUGUUAAUUCUCUUACUUUUACUUGGUAUGAUGCUUUCAAGAAUAGAAACAAAGCUGCCCAGCAGAACAUCCAUUUAGAAAAAGCUGCAGUUUUGUUCAAUCUGGGGGCAGUUCACAGUCAGAUGGGAUUGGGUUUUGAUCGUUCAUCAGUUGAGGGGCGAAAGCAGGCAUCACAUUCCUUUAUUGCUGCUGCUGGGGCAUUUGCCUUCUUGAGAGACAAUGUGGCAAUGAAGGCAUCAAUGGGUAGCUCCACCACCGUUGAUGUCUCUGUAGAAUGUGUUGGGAUGCUGGAAAGACUCAUGUUGGCUCAGGCUCAGGAGUGUGUUUUUGAGAAUAGCAUUGCCAAGGGAAAUACUCCUGGUGUCUGUUCAAAGAUUUCAAGACAGGUUGGAUUGUUUUACGAGGAAGCUUUGGCAGCAUUAAGUGUUGCACCUCUGAACCAGCACUUGGACAAGACUUGGCUAGCUCAUGUUCAGCUUAAGGCAUCACUUUUUUAUGCUGAGGCCUGCUACAGGUACAGUCUAGAGCUCCAUGACAAAGAAGAAAUUGCAGAGGAAAUUGCAAGGCUGAAGAGUGGUGUUAAUGCCUUGUCUGAGGCAAGAAAAACAUCUCCAAGGGGAUCACCACAGCAGCUCUUGGAUGCAAUUAAUAAGCUAGAAGCUACUUUAAAUCUAAACUUGGACAGGGCUAUGAAGGAAAACGACAGAGUCUACCUCAUGAGGGUCCCACCAGCCAGUUCUCUGCCACCACUUGCAGCAUUUUCCUUGGUCAAGCCUAUGCAGAUGAAUGAUAUUCUGGAUGCAAGCAAGGAGAAGAUGUUUGCCAGUCUUGUCCCAGACAAUAGUGCAAAAGCUCUAUCUAGGUACACUGAGAUGGUUGAUGAUGUCACCAGGACUCAAGCUGAGAAGUUACAACAGGGAAGCGAGCUAGCUCGAGUAAGGCUCAGAGAAAUGGACUUGCCUGAUUCUAUUCUUGCUUUGGAGGGAAAUAUAUCUCUACCUGAGGCCUUAAAAGAAGAUGUAGAGGCAGUGCAAAUUUGUGGUGGUCCAGCUGGUUUGGAUGCUGAGCUGCAGCAACUCAGAGAUCUGAAGAGGGUGAACCAGGAGUUGCUGGUCCAAACUGAGGAGCUUUUGCAAAAAGAAGCGACAGAGGACACACAAUUUAGAACUCAAUUUGGAACCCGAUGGACAAGGCCUCAAUCUACUACCCUAACAAAAAACCUGCAGGACAGGUUAAACAGGUUUGCAGCUAACCUGAAGCAAGCUGCAGAAAGUGAUGCCAGGAUUGAGCGAUCAGUAAGGGAUCAUGCAGCACUCAUGUCAAUCCUUGACCGCCGUCCAAUCGAAUCUGCUCUUCCAACCUUGGCAAGACCAAUCCUGUCUUUGGACGCCACUGAAGAUGCCAUUGUGGGAGCCCUGAAGCAGAGCCUGAGGCAACUAGAAACUCUUGGUGCUCAGCGAGCUGGUCUGGAAGAUAUGCUGAAAGAGAUGAAGAGGAAGGAUGAUAUACUUCCGAAAUUGAUGACAUUCACGGGCUCGCAUGAGGAUCUUUUCAGGAAGGAGAUAGCAAAAUAUGAUCAUAUUUCUGAAGAAAUUUCUCAAAACAUCGAGGCACAAGAACAGUUGCUGCUGCAAAUUCAGGCUCAAAAUGAGGAGUUUGCUUCUGUUUUCAAUCUUGAGGAUUAUAAAGCUUCCCGCGAGAGAAUCUAUAGGCAGAUUGAAGCUGCCAUUUUGAAAUAUCGAGAAAUCAAGGAAAAUAUCAAUGAGGGAUUGAAGUUCUAUGUAACACUUCAGGAGGCGAUCACUAAUGUGAAACAGCAGUGUAGUGAUUUUGUGAUGACAAGAAACAUACAGUGCCGAGAAAUGAUGGAAGAGGUGCAGAGGAAAGUCUCAGGUCUCAGUUUCCAGGAUAACAGAAAUUCAAGUGGAUAUACUUAUCCUUCAGUUGGGCAGGCUCAUCAGCCUCCGAGAACAAAUCCCGAGACUGGAAAUAUACCCAAUUCCUCUCGACCCCAGACUCCUACAUAUCAGCCUUCUCAACAACCAACAAUGUCUGGAUAUAGUCAAACCCCUCCUUAUAAUUCUCCACAACCGCCUGCACCACCUUACCAUUUUCCAAGUCAAGGGCAACCAUAUCAGCAUCCACAGCCACAUCCUCAACAUCAACAACAGCCUUCACCGAGCCAUGAGUACGGUCAACCUGCAUAUCCUGGGUGGCGGGGUCCAUACUAUAAUGCACCUCCUCAGCAACCGGGAGCUAUGCCUCAACCUCCUUACACCGCACCUUCUCCAUAUCCUCAUCCUCCUCCCCAUCAGAGUGGUUAUUACAGGCAAUGAUUGGUUUUCCAAUAUAUUUUUUUCGUGUGCAUCUCAUGUUCAUUUUUGUCUGGCAAGUUUUUUGUCGUUCUUAAGUGGAUUGGACCUGGCUAGACUUCUUUGUUAGUUUCAGCUCUUGGCAUACACUAUUAUACGUUGUUAGCAAGUUUGGAUGAAGCAUGGCUCGCUUUACCCGCAUGUACAGGGUAUCUCCUUGUAAGAUCAUAUUGAUUAUAUACGAUGAGCAAAAUACAAAUAUCAAUAAAUUAGAACU